UCAACACCCGGAAGUUGCUAUCCUAUGUUUUGAAGUUGUGCAACGUGAACAUGCCUCUCUGAUAUAAUGGUAUGGCGGGCAAACUGAAGAAACAACUGAAGGAAGCCGCCGGUAUAAUUGGGGCUGGCAGUUUUAUGUUUGCCUCAUACCUCACUGCUGUUGGAGAUGAGCGCUUUUAUGCCAACAAUCUCAUGCCCUUGCUUCAGAAGGUGGUCGGCCCUGAGACAGCCCAUGUUCUGUCGGUGGGGCUCCUGAAAUGGGGUCUGGUACCUCUGAACAGAUACCAGGAUCCAACCUCACUGGAAGUGAACAUCAUGGGUCAGAGGUUCAGAAACCCUGUUGGGAUGGCAGCCGGCUUUGACAAGCAUGGAGAGGCAGUGGAUGGCCUGUACAAGUUGGGCUUUGGGUUUGUGGAGGUUGGCACGGUAACCCCAAAGGCCCAGGAAGGAAACCCUCAGCCACGUGUGUUCCGCCUGCCCAGCGACCAAGCAGUCAUUAACAGGUAUGGCUUCAACAGUUGUGGCCUCUCUGAAGUUCUGGAGAGAUUAAAAGCAAGGGAGACAAAACAAGCAGAGCUUACAAAAGUGGGCCUUCCUCUGGGCAUCAACCUGGGCAAGAACAAGCUGACCGAGGACACGGUGGCCGACUACCUGGAGGGGAUUCAGGCGCUGGGCCCGCUCGCGGACUACCUGGUGGUGAACGUCAGCAGCCCCAACACACCAGGUCUGAGGAACUUGCAGGCUAAGGGUGAAUUGCGCCACCUGCUGGUUAAGGUGCUGAGGGAGCGUGACCUGCUGCAGGGAAGCAGGAAGGUCCCCAUUUUGCUCAAAAUCGCUCCUGACCUCUGUGCUCAGGACAAGCAGGACAUCGCUGAUGUCGUCCGGGAGCUCCGUGUAGAUGGAAUCAUCGUCUCCAACACAACCGUGUCCCGUCCCGAGUCGCUGAAGGACUCUUCGAGCAAAGAGGUCGGCGGUCUGAGUGGUCAGCCGCUCAAAACCAUGGCCACUGAGGUGGUACGGGACAUGUACCGCAUGACCGAAGGGAAGAUACCCAUCAUUGGCGUGGGUGGCAUAGCCAACGGGCAGGACGCCCUGGAUAAGAUCCGCGCCGGAGCCUCGCUGGUCCAGCUGUACACGGCGCUCGUGUACCAAGGGCCUCCGGUCAUCACCAAGAUCAAAAGGGAACUGGAUCAGCUUUUAAAGGAACAAGGCUUUGCGAGUGUCUCUGAAGCCGUGGGAGCUGAUCACAGGCCGGCCAGCAGUACGACAGCGGCAAAUGCAACGGCAGCACUAGCACAUAAUCUAGACAGAGAGCAAGCUCACCAAGUCUCAGGCGCCUCUGAUCCAGCGGUCAGUUAGAGGGGGAAGCAGAGCCUUAUCUGAAGUCCUGUCCUUACUUGAAGCCAAUACAGAUGUCCCAUUGUCUCACUGGUCCAUACAAAACAGUAUACCUACCAAGGUAUUCUUGGUGCUCAUGGUAGGUUAUGUAAGAGAGUGACUCUCUUGAAAUGUUUCAAAUAUUGUGCAUAUUGUAAAAUAAUGUUGGUCCAACAAUAUUGACAAUAGAUGUAUGUUUAGAUUUAUGGUAAGUCACUGAAUGUGUGUCACUUGCACUGUGCAAUAUGAUUAAUGACAUCUUUGGAAUGAUUAUGGGAUUUAUCAGCAGUAUGUAUUGACAUAGUGUGUAUAGCAGAAAAGAUAACGUGAGCAAAAUCACCCAACAGGAACGAUUUAAAUUUAGGGUUAAAAUUCAGUAUAUACUGUUAAAUGAGCAGUCUUUCCGCUGUUCAGUUUUGCCUUUAAAAAAGUCCUUCAAUGACCUUUUAGAGGUUUCAUGUUUCGCCAAAUACCAAAUAAGCCUUUGCAAGAAUCAUUCUUCGUGCAGAGCACAGUUAAUUAGCCUAGUGUAAAACAUUAAUUUAAGUAUGUAUUUAAGUUAUGCAGAGGCUUUGAACAAGCACAGAGUGGGGAUGACCUUUGUGUAAGUUAUGAGAGGAAACCAACCAGUGCUGUUUUUUUAGCAAAUAGACAUGUAUUCAUAGAACACCCGCUUAUCACCAUGCUGAGCUUUGUACAGUUUCAUGCCAUUUACUUGAAUGAGUUGUUCAUAAAAGAAGUGGAACGAGUUAAAUUGAAUUCAUGGCGAAAUGUCAGUGAAACACAUGAUUAAACAUAUUUAUAUGUGAUCCUGAUUUUGGAUAUUUCUUUGUU